GGUCCAAUAAUAGCGCAGGAGGCGGGCUGCUAACACAAAGAGAGUUUCCUGACAGGCUAAGUUUCGGGCAAGAAAAACACCCAGCGCUGAUAAAAAGGCGUCGUUCCGAUCGCGUGACACAGGGAAGGGAAAAGGCGACGCUUGCACCAGGUCUGGAGUUGUUUCAGCGGCGGACACACACACACACAUAAGAGACAUGGAUUCCCGGGCCGGUUUGGUCGUUUUGUUGUGCUUGAUAGGAUUCACCUGUGCCGAAGUGAAGUUCAUUGAUUGCGGCUCCGCUACUGGAAAAGUGGCCACAGUUGAUGUCAAACCGUGUCCUACCCAGCCAUGCCAGCUACACAGAGGACAAGACUACAGUGUCAACGUUACAUUCAUGAGCAAUGUGGAGUCCAAGACGAGCACAGCUGUGGUUCACGGCAUCAUCGCCGGCGCCCCCAUCCCUUUCGCUAUUCCCAACCCAGACGGCUGCAAGUCUGGAAUCCAGUGUCCCAUGAAGAAGCAGAUGUACAACUAUGUGGCGACACUAGCUGUGAAGUCCGAGUAUCCCGCAAUAAAGCUGGUGGUGAAGUGGGAACUGAGAGACGACACCAACAGCGACUUGUUCUGCGUCGAGUUUCCAAUCCAGAUCGUGUAAACCUGUGUCAAACUAGCCACUAUACCUCUCCUUUUUAAAAAGGGAUUCAGCUUUGCGUAAAACCUAAAGCAUGUCGAUGAUUCCAGCGAGAUCUUUUUAAUGAUUCAUCAAAUUGAUUUUAAGUGUCUUUCACUUAUUCGCAAGACUUGGCUGCACACGCAUCUUACAUCCUGCUGAAAUAAAAGGCACAUUUAUAUAUAUAUAUUUGUGCUGUUAAUUUUAAGAGAUGUGGAUGAGAAAUUAGUGUUAUUGUGUGAAUGACUCAACUGCAUUCCACUACAGUGCAAAUGUGUUACGGGCUGCUGUGUAGUCAGGGAAAAGUACAUUCUGUACCUUUUCUUCGCUAUAAGUUUUGUAAUGUUUCUUACUGACCAUGUACUUACCUGACCUGUUGGAAAUUGUAUGGGGGGGGUGGGAUCUAAUAAAGAAAUCAAUGUGUA